ACGAGACGAUUGCGUAAGAGAAGAAUCUGCUGCACCACAGAAGAACAUCCCUCCUUCCACCGCUCUGGGAUCUUCUCUUUCUCCGUUCGUCUGAUGUGGGAGCCCCAAGAAAGAGAGACUCUCAAGAGUCCCCCCUUUUGUGUCUGGUUGAUGUGUCUAAAGCCAUAUAUAUACCACCACCUCAUGGAGCCAUCCUUUGAGAAAGAUACUUUGGAAGUAGCAUCACCUUACGAACCUGAAGCAAAUCGGAUAAGUGCGGCGGUACACGAAAAACUGAAAAGACAAGGAACACGGAAAGAUAAAUGAUCACCACGCAGCACGACACUGCGGACUAAGGGGAUCAGAUUUUUCAGAAAAAUGAUUUCGAGGUAUCAAGUAAUAAUCUGCGCUCUUUUGCUUUUCGGCGCGGUUUUACUGUAUGAAACAAUGGCGCAAGUGGAUGGUUACACACCUGGCGUAGACUAUCCAAUUUACAAUUCGGUGCCGUUCGGACUUACGUUUACCUGUGGAGGGAAGUUACCUGGAUAUUAUGCCGAUCCCGAGGCCAGAUGUCAGGUGUGGCAUUGGUGCUUGCCAAAUGGACGUCAGUUCAGUUUUCUCUGCCCGAACGGUACAGUUUUUAGUCAAACCACUCGCGUUUGUGACUGGUGGUUUAAGGUCGACUGCGAUGAUUCACCGAGACUUUACGGCAACAACGACGAGCUUUACAGAGAUGUGAAUGGAAAUAAGAUCUAACAAUUCCUAUAUUUUUUAUAUAAAUAGUUGUAUGUACAUUAAUAAACUCUUUUAUAUAUAAGCUUC